CACUGUCCUGAUUCCAUCGUGUCUUCUCCUUGCACGUUUUACGCUCAGCCCACCCUCCCAAUUGAGUUAGUUGUAAAGAAAAAAAAACAGUUAAAUAAAUUAUACAGGACUUAACGCCCCCCUUCCCCUUCACCUCUCCUCUUUCUCCCCCCCUUCGCAAAUAACUAACAUUACCACCGCCUUCGUUCUCCACAUGCAGCAUCGGAGUCCUGGGCCCCGGCGCACCGGCUCCAGCCAUGUCGGCGAGGAAUACAGCGGCUGGCGGCGGUGACGGAGCGAUAGAGGAAAAGACAGGAGACGCAUUAGAGGAAGAACCCCAGGGCCUCUCUGUCUCUCUGUCUGGUUUGAUGACCCCCUCCUCAGCCGCCGGCAUGGCCUCGGGCAUAGAGCUGCCCAGGAAACGGAAAGGCAGCAUGGACAACGCGGAAACAAAAUCCGCAUCAAAUCUAGAGGAGGAUAUGGAGGACGAUCAGGGAAGAUCGGAAGGAGAUGACCAGCAAUUAAAAAUUAAGUGUAUCAGAGAACCUCACAGUCAGAUUGAGAAACGACGGCGAGAUAAGAUGAAUAACUUGAUUGACGAGUUGGCAGCGAUGAUACCCACCUGUAACCCCAUGUCCCGCAAACUUGACAAACUCACUGUGUUACGAAUGGCUGUCCAGCACCUCAAAUCACUCAAAGGAGCGACCAGCUCAUUUGCAGAAGCCAAUUACAAACCUGCAUUCCUCCCAGACGAUGAGCUCAAACACCUUGUCCUAAGGGCUGCAGAUGGAUUUCUCUUUGUGGUUGGCUGUGACCGUGGAAAAAUAAUCUUUGCAUCAGAAUCAGUUUCAAAAAUCCUGAACUACAGUCCGACGGAGUUAAUUGGACAGAGCCUGUUUGAUUAUGUUCAUCCAAAGGACAUUGGUAAACUGAAGGAACAGCUGUCCGCCACUGAACUCUACCCGCGGGAGCGCCUCAUCGACGCCAAAACGGGAUUGCAGGUGCAGGCUGAGCUCCCCGUCGGAGCAGCUCGACUUUGCUCUGGAGCCCGGCGCUCAUUCUUCUGCCGAAUGAAGUACAACAAAGUUACCAUCAAAGAGGAGAAGGUCUUUCAGGCUGGGGCCUCAAAAAAGAAAGAGUCACAGCGGUACUGCACUGUGCACUGCACGGGCUACAUGCGUACCUGGCCCAAGCGCCAGCUGGGCACGGAGGGGGAGGCUGAGGCGGAUAAAGAGAGCUCCCAUUUCAGCUGCCUGGUAGCAGUGGGCCGCAUGCACCCCCACACCCUCCCGCAGGCCAACGGAGAGAUCAAGGUCAAGCCCACCGAAUUUGUCACCCGCUACGCCAUGGAUGGCAAAUUCACCUUUGUUGAUCAACGAGCCACCUCCAUUCUGGGUUACUUACCCCAGGAGCUGCUAGGCACAUCCUGCUAUGAAUACUUCCAUCUGGAUGACCUGCCUCAUUUGGCAGAUAGACACCGGAAAGUGUUGAGAAGUAAAGAGAAGAUUGAGACAAACUGCUAUAAGUUUAAAACAAAAUAUGGCUCUUUCGUCACCUUACAAAGUCAGUGGUUUAGUUUUAUAAAUCCCUGGACCAAAGAAGUUGAAUACAUAGUGUCAACCAACACAGUUAUAUCUGGUAAAAGUAAUCCAGGUAGAUCAGGGGAUAAAGCUGAGCAGCCUAGCAGUUCCAAGGCCUCGGAGGAUGAUGCUAAGAAGUCCCAACAAGUUCCAAUCAUCCCAGGUAUCUCCAGUGCAUCAGGCAUGAUUUACGCUGGGUGCAUAGGGACCCAAAUUGCUAAUGAGAUUAUGGACUAUAAUAGGAUGAACUCCUCACCAUCCAGCGGUAAUACAAGUCCCUUCAGUGUACCGCAGGAUAAGUCUCCACUGGCCCUUGCGCAGGCCAGCAGCAAGGUGCCAAAUGGGGAAGCAACAGAUGUGGAGAUGACUGGCAAAUCAGGCUCAGUGGAGGAAGUGAGGGGUGGGGCCUUCACAGCGGGAGAAAAUCUGAUGGAGGGGAGCUCUCAGUUGGAUCUGGAGAGUGUUCCUGGUUUGGGUGCUCUGAGCACUGACGAGGCAGCCAUGGCAGUCAUUAUGAGCUUACUGGAAACAGAUGCCAACCUGGGUGAGGCCGUGGAUUUUGACGAGUUGCACUGGUCUCUGUGAACAUUUUUUUUUUAAAGACCCAUCUUAUCUGGAGCUUUUUAAAAUGAACCAUCCAUUCAUUUUCACGGGGGCCACAAGCCUUUGACAAUUCUUUGUCUUUUAUGUUUUUAAUUUAUUAGUGUUUUUUAAAUGCGUUUGGACAAGCUGCAUGGCAUAUUAUCUGAUGUCUGCCCUUGGUGAAGGAGAACCGAAGGGGAUGGCCGUCUCUCUUAGUACCUUAAGCUGAGUACCUUAAGCAACAGGACCAGGUUUUAUAUGGUCUGGUGUGCAUUUC